AUGAGAGCUGGAGGUUCUAUCCGGAUAAUACGGACAUUCCUGGUAUUAACCGAAUACUCGAAUAUCCAGGGACGUGAACUGGGUAUUUGGACUAAGAACGGGUUUUUGGCCUUUGGACAGCGGUGUCGGUAUGGACCAAAGGGUCGCUACGUUUUCUCUGCACCCGGAAAGUUAUUGAAUUCACUGCCUGGUACGCUUAUGUUAACCGACUGUCUGGAAGCAUGCCAAACGAACGAAGCCUGUCGUGCGGUGAACUACGAGACCGGCUUGUGUGUGCUAUUCUCGGCCAAUGCAGACAAAUUGCCUGGCGCCUUGACCAAAUCGCAAUUCCCCGUCUUCACAAUUUAUGCACAAAAAUCAUGUUUGGGCAUUCGGCCGUGCUUACGUGCCUGGUGUGUUGAUCGCGUACAGGGCUACAAGCUGAAUGGCUAUGCAAAGCGCACGAUACCGGUGGUGUCGCGACGUGAUUGUUUGGAAUUAUGCUUGGGCGAAAACGAAUUCACGUGCAG